AUGUGCUUGGCUGAAGCCUUGUUACGUAUCCCUGAUAGUGCGACCCGAGACUUAUUGAUUCGCGAUAAAAUUAAUCAAGGUAACUGGAAAGAUCAUUUAGGCCAAAGUAAUCUCAUGUUUGUUAAUGCUGCUGCAUGGGGACUCAUGCUGACUGGCAAACUGAUGGAAACACCUAAACAAACCAGCCUUUCGGGGAUCCUCACUUCGCUCUUAGCACGUACGGGUAAAGGCAUCAUCCGUAAAGCAGUUGAUGCAGCAAUGCGUAUGAUGGGUGAACAGUUUGUUACUGGUGAAACCAUUGAAGAGGCUUUGGACAAUGCCAAAACUCUUGAAGACAAAGGUUUCCGUUAUUCUUAUGACAUGCUUGGUGAAGCAGCACUGACUGAACACGAUGCAGAUCGCUAUUUCGAAGACUAUACACAAGCGAUUCAUGCCAUAGGUAAAGCGUCUGAAGAAGAAGCGGAUCGUUUAGAGCUGUCUUUAGAAUUACUUGAGCGUUUAUGCUUUGAGCCACAACUGGCAAACUGGAAAGGUAUAGGCUUUGUGAUCCAAGCCUAUCAAAAGCGUUGUUUCUAUGUGGUGGAUUAUAUUAUUGAUCUGGCAAAACGUAGUCAAAAACGUUUAAUGAUUCGUCUGGUCAAAGGUGCUUACUGGGACAGUGAAAUCAAAAAAGCACAAAUUGACGCUGAAAUAAAUUCGCAAGAAAUCCGUAAUCCAGCUGAUCAUUCAGAUCUAGUUGGUUAUGUGAUCGAAGCAGAAACAGCACAAGUCGAUUUGGCCUUAGAUAACGCUCAUCAAGCUUUUGAAAAUUGGAAAAAUGCAUCUCAAGAUUUUCGUGCAGAGUUAUUGCUCAAAGCUGCUACGAUUAUGGAAUCGCGUAUUCAGGAGCUGAUGCGCAAGCGAUUCAAAUCUUAUGGGAAGCAGGAAUUCCAAAAUCAGUUGUACAAUUACUUCCUGGUCGUGGUGAAACAGUCGGGGCAAAACUCAGCCAAGAUGAACGUAUUCAAGGCAUUAUGUUCACAGGUUCCACUGAAGUUGCUAAGAUUUUACAAAAAACCGUUGCACAACGUCUAA